AAAGACGGGAAAAGACGGAAGAGGAAAGCCCAUGUGCAGUGGUCCUGGGAGACUGUCAGAGGCAAGAACGCGAGGCGAACAUGUGGAGCGUACCUGUGCGCCUCUCCGCCGGCCCAAGGCGUGGCCUGUCUUUCAUAGCGGGAAGCCAGAAGAGCAAGGGGCUGGAUGACAACACCCGGAGGAGAAGGAGGGAAGGCCAAGUGCGGGGUUUUGACGAGGUCCCCCAUUCGGGGAGCAACGGCUGGAUCAACCUGAUCAGGUUCUGGAGGGAGGACCGGUUCCGAUCUCUGCACAAACACAUGGAGAGGACCUUCAAUACCCUUGGGCCCAUAUACAGAGAACGCCUUGGCUCCCAUGAGAGCGUGAACAUACUGCUCCCAGCUGACAUUGGCGAAGUGUUACGCUCAGAAGGCCUUCACCCGCGCCGCAUGACCCUGCGGCCCUGGGCUAUACACCGAGAGACUCGGCAACACUGCAAGGGUGUCUUCCUCAAGAACGGCACCGAGUGGCACGCUGACAGGGUGCUGCUCAACAGAGAGGUGAUGGUGAGCUCAUCGGUGCAUCAAUUCGUGCCUCUGAUGGAAGAGGUAGCCAAGGACUUCUGCUCCUUGCUGCGGAGGAAGGUGGAGAUGGGGGGACAUGGGGACAACAGGCGCAGCUUGACGCUUGACCCCAGCCCUGACCUCUUUCGCUUUGCCCUGGAGGCCAGCUGCCAUGUCCUAUAUGGCGAGCGAAUGGGCCUCUUCGCCUCUCCCCCCUCCCUGGAGGCCCAGCGCUUUAUCUGGGCUGUAGAACAAAUGCUAGCCACUACCCAGCCUCUGCUCUACCUGCCUGUUGGGCUCAUGCACCGCCUUCACACACCCUUAUGGAUACAGCAUGUCACUGCUUGGGACCACAUUUUCAGUGACGCUGAGGCCCGUAUCCAGAGGGGAUGCCAGAGACUUCAGUCCAGGAAACCUUCUGGGGCAAAAGGGGAGCUGUCUGGAAACCAGGGCCACAGUGGUGGAGUCCUGGGACGGCUAAUGGAAAAGGGGCAGCUAUCUUUGGAGCUCAUUAAGGCCAACAUCACAGAGCUGAUGGCGGGGGGAGUGGACACGACAGCAAUCCCGCUACAAUUUGCACUGUACGAAUUGGCCCGGAAUCCAGGGGUGCAGGAAAGGGUCCGCCGACAGGCACGUGAAUCCUGGACGCGAGCUGAGGGCGACCCAGUGAAAGCGCUACAAGGAGCCCCGUUACUCAAGGGUACCAUCAAGGAGACUCUCAGACUGUAUCCAGUUGGAAUCAUGGUGCAGCGCUAUCCAGUCACGGACAUUGUGCUGCAGAACUACCACAUCCCUGCUGGGACCCUUGUGCAAGCCUGCCUGUACCCCUUAGGCCGCAGCAAGGAAGUCUUUCAGGACCCUAAUCGAUUUGAACCAGCCCGCUGGGUGAAGCCCAAGUCAGGGCAGCUGGAGGCCAACGGCGAGGAGGAGGUGCGGGCGGAGACGGGGCCGGGGGCUGGCUUCCGUUCCCUGGCUUUCGGCUUCGGGGCCAGACAGUGUGUGGGAAGGAGGAUAGCCGAGAACGAGAUGCAGCUACUGCUACUGCAUAUCCUGCUGAAUUUCCAGCUCAGUGCCCCUUCUUCUGCUGACAUCGAAACAAAGUACUCGUUCAUCCUGCAGCCCGAGACGCCUCCGCUCAUCACCUUCUGCCUCCUCUGACCUCGGCUGACCUCCGCUGACCUGGCCAUAGCAGCGCUGGGAACUCCCCACACGGCCGCAGCUGAACACCCCGCCUGUGACGUCACACCUGUCUUAGUUAGGCACCGUUUUUACGCGUAAUAAAGCGCUUCUUCCUCUCCGCGGAGAAGCUCUCAAAAACGGUUCGUGUUUCCACAAGAUGGCGACAUAAACUAACCGUUUCAACUUUCAUUUUCCCACUUUUUUCCUCCGAAGAAGCGUAUUCCAAGCUCGUCCCCACGGCAGUGUUUCCUCAGCUCACCCCUGGCUGGUGACACUUAAAGGGCGCAGUUAAGCUGGACCAGACUCAGACUGUGUCUGGAACAAUUAUAUUUCAUAAACGUGUGUGCGUGCUGUUCCUGCAACUUGUCACGCGCCACACUUUGUUCGUGUCGGUGUCUCGCGACGGAGCGUCAGCGUUUCCCCGCACGGUAACUGCACUUCGUGGUGGGGGGGGUAGCAUGUUAGUGGGCAUUUGUUUUUCUUGUGUAAUCAUGUAGAUGUGACGUUACUGUUCUAAAUGUAAGCGUAAUCGAUAUAUUUAUUGCAUCUGCUGUUGAUUAAAUAA